CGGCGAGCGCGCGGUCCGGCCGCCCCGGCGCCCGGCGCGGGAGCGGAGCGGAGCGGGACGCCGAGUCCGGAGCGGCCGGCGGCCGGGGCUCCCCGCCCCUCCCUCCUCUCCGGCGGCGGCGGCGGCGGGCGGAGUGAGCUGCGGAGCCUGGAAUAUGGUCGGGGAAAUGGAAACGAAGGAGAAGCCGAAGCCCACCCCAGAUUACCUGAUGCAGCUGAUGAACGACAAGAAGCUCAUGAGCAGCCUGCCCAACUUCUGCGGGAUCUUCAACCACCUCGAGCGGCUGCUGGACGAAGAAAUUAGCAGAGUACGGAAAGACAUGUACAAUGACACAUUAAAUGGCAGUACAGAGAAAAGGAGUGCAGAAUUGCCUGAUGCUGUGGGACCUAUUGUUCAGUUACAAGAGAAACUUUAUGUGCCUGUAAAAGAAUACCCAGAUUUUAAUUUCGUUGGGAGAAUCCUUGGACCUAGAGGACUUACUGCUAAACAGCUUGAAGCAGAAACAGGAUGUAAGAUAAUGGUCCGAGGCAAAGGCUCAAUGAGGGAUAAAAAGAAGGAGGAGCAAAAUCGAGGCAAGCCUAAUUGGGAGCAUCUCAAUGAAGAUUUACAUGUACUGAUCACUGUGGAAGAUGCUCAAAACAGAGCAGAGAUCAAACUGAAGAGAGCCGUUGAGGAGGUGAAGAAAUUACUGGUACCUGCAGCGGAGGGAGAAGACAGCCUGAAGAAGAUGCAGCUGAUGGAGCUUGCAAUUCUCAAUGGCACCUACAGAGAUGCCAACAUUAAAUCACCAGCCCUUGCCUUUUCUCUUGCAGCCACAGCCCAGGCCGCUCCAAGGGUUAUCACGGGGCCUGCGCCCGUUCUCCCGCCAGCUGCCCUGCGCACCCCUACGCCAGCUGGCCCUACCAUAAUGCCUUUGAUCAGACAGAUACAGACCGCUGUCAUGCCAAACGGAACUCCUCACCCAGCUGCUGCGAUAGUCCCUCCAGGGCCCGAAGCUGGUUUAAUCUACACGCCCUAUGAAUACCCCUACACGUUGGCGCCAGCUACAUCGAUCCUUGAGUACCCUAUUGAACCUAGCGGUGUAUUAGGUAUGGCUUUCCCAACGAAAGGCUAAGAAUUCAAGAACGGUCUUAACUGAACCCUCAUCAGAUCUGAAUUUAACAAAUGCUUAGUCUCAGCAGCCUCCAGGGGGUGGGAGGGACGCUUAGCCUAGCAGUCAGUGACUGACUUGCACUUUUGCACACUGAUAGAAAGGAAAAGUAUGUUAUUAAUUGGUUUAGGCUGUAAUCUUACAAAGUAACGGUAAUUUAUAAAGGAGUGUAUAGUAGUAUACUGACUGCUAAGUGUACUAUACUGUUUGCUUUACUAAUCACCUAAUUCAUUGCAGUUCAUACUUAUUGACUCAAAGUUUAGAACCACAAUCUGUAGGCUUUAAGAAUUGCUUUUAAACCUUCUUAAGUGAUAGACUCUGGAAGUGGUCUUAAGGUUAGCAAAUAAUUGUCAGUAUUAAACAUGGCAUUAUUUAAGUAGUCCUGCUGCAAGAAAGGCACUUCAGUGAAUAUGUGACUAGUAAAGCUUAACUAUGUUUGGAUCUAAUAGAGUUCAUGAAAUCUGUAACUUGGGAUUGUAAAUGAAUGGAUAAAAUAGGUUAAGGCCAAGAUUAUUGAAAUGAAUGCAAUAUUAAUAGAUGCAUAUAUACGCAACAUAUUAUGGUUAAUUUUAAGACUACUGUGCCUUAACAUGUUUCCUAAAAGAAAACUUUUGUAGUAAACGAACAUUUGAAAUCCAUUUUGAUAAACCUGCUGUUAAUGUUUGUUUUCUUUUCCCUUGUGAAUGUUCUCUAACUUUGUCUUGGUAAUUGCAAUUUAACUAGGUGCGGUGGCUACUAAAGUUCGAAGGCACGAUAUGCGUGUCCAUCCUUACCAAAGGAUUGUGACCGCAGACCGAGGUUAGUUUAGUUCUGCAGUUCUUGUUUAUGAGAAAUGCGUUGGGUGUCCAUAAGAUUUGUAACACCACACCUGAUGGAAGAGAUAUCACUGCUUGCCUGCACAUCGUUUCUUUUCUUUUUCUAAAUUAAUUUGUAAUAAUUGACAGGUUUAAGGGUUGGGUUUUUUUGGGUGUUUUUUUUUCCUCCCUUCAUAUUUUAACUUAUUAAAUUCUAUAUUAGUAUGUACAAUGAUUUAUUUCUACUAAAACGUAAAUUAGUCCCCUUGGGGAGCUAUUAAAUUUUCAUGUUGCCUUAGUUAUUUUUCAGGAAUAAUUUUUGCUAAAAUUUACCUUUUAAUUGUUCUGAAAUUUUGGGUUGGUUUUGCAAAAUGAACUAAGCGGAUGGUGCUUUAGCGAGAGAAGUAAAGGAAUAUAUGCCUCCUGUGUCCUUUUGGAGAAAACUGAAGAUUUAGUUUCCAUUUUCCUUUUUAAUAAGAUACUUGAACCACUGUAUACACAAGGGUAUACAUGUCAAGUACUUAGCUGAAAUCAACAAAGUAAGGACUGUGAAGAUAACUUUGAUAAAGUUGGAUUUUUUUUAUAUAUCAGAAAAUCAGUUCCCUUUUAUUCUUACAUUCUCUUACCAAAAUGGAUCCUUUGAUUUUUGUCAUUUGCUGCUAAAAUAUAUUAUCUGAAGGUAAACUAUCUCUUGAAGCUCUGUGGUGACAUGAAUCCAGCUGUUUGAAAAUCCUUUUUGACUAACCUGUGACUGGGAAAUAAGUCUUCAUUUUUCUCCUUUUCAACAUUUGUAAUUUGUGUCCUAUAUAUGCCCUUGGACCCUUUUAUAAAAUUAUUUAUGUUUAUUGAGGAGUGACGGUUUCGGUUUAUUGACAUUGUUUUCUAAGUUUGUCAUUACAAGGUAGGAAUCCAAAGCAAGAUAAAAAAGGAUUUUUUACAAGCUUCUAUUAUGGCACAUCUAUUACCUACUAAUUAAUUUGAUCAAAGUAUCUAAUAUUAGUGGUGGAAAGUGAUGUAUUUAUACCCCAAUCCUACAUCUUCUAUGAACUUAAGAAAGACCUACCUGUUCUACAUGGUUAUCUUGAAUACUGAUGAUAAAUAUUGGAUACAGCUGUUGUCCACAUGAGACUAAAAUACCUUCCCAAAGACACUGAUGAUAGCAUCAUACAUAAUUAGUUUGAAGACUUUUAACUAAUACAUAUAUUACUUGUAGAGAUUAUUCAAUAAAUAGAACCCCAAGCUCAGUGAUUAUUUAUGAAGAUAAUGUGGUGUCAGUGUGUCAUGCACAAGCAUGUAAACCACCCUUUGUGUAUCAGAAAAAGUCUCCUAGUGGAGGAAAUUUUUAAAAAAUGUUUUUUUAAAGUAACUUUCUAUUUAAGGAAACCAAAUAAUUCCGUGAAUAAUCAGAGCUUUUUUUCCCCACAUUGUUAAUGUCUAAAACAAUUCUAAAGAGUAUUUUAAAGUAGUUUUUCUUCUGUUAACCUUUCCCUGCAUGCCCCUUUUAGGAGAUUUCUCAUAAUUUUGUUUUAACACAAUAAUUAUUGGUCUACUCAAUACUCCAGUGCCUUGAGAUAGUUGAAAAUAUUAGGAAGAUUUUACUGUAUUUGGAAAUGACAGCACAUUCCAUGUGAGGCUCUUUUGUAGUUAUAUGUGUUUGGAUUAGUCCUGUCACUGUUUUUAUUAAAAAUGCAAUGUCAGCAAACCGAAAUGCUACUUUUUUUUUUUAAAUAACAAAUACUCAUAUACUGCUGUUACUAUCACUGUAUGCACUCGUUGGGUCUGAGGGAGAGGUCUGAAAUCCUUAAAUUAUUUUAUGAUACUACUGUUUUCUCUAUUUUUGAGGGUUUUUUUUUAAUUAUUAUUUUUUAAUCUUUUGAAGGGAAGAUUAGUGUAAGUAUUCAUUUAAUGCAAGGAAACUCAGCCCUUAGACAUAUAACCAUGUAAUUCUAUAUGAGCAUUUAGAGUACUACAUGGUUGACAAAUAUCUAGUUCUUUACUAAAAGUAAACCCACCUGUACACAUAUUUGAAAACUGAAUUUGAAGCCUAUAAAAGACCAACUGACUUUUUAGUUGUGAUGAACCAUAAGUGCUUUGCACGGUUGAUACACCUGUGUGUACUGUAGGAGGCCAGGACUUGGCAGAGGAUAUAGUCUAGGUUUACUGGUAUAUAUGUAAAUGGUAGUUUGCUUUGUUUAUGUAUUCCACACUCAAAAAAAAUAAUCAGAAUUUUCCUAAAUAAUUUUACAAAAACCAUCAUUUACAUAAUUUGUUAUAAGAAACUUAAUACAAUUUUAAUCAAAAUUUUAAGUGAUUUCGAAAAUGCUUUAAGAUUCUAUAUUUCUGGAGUACCUAUGAAGUGGUAUGACUACAUCAUGUUAAAUAUUUAUUUUCUUCUGAUUUUGGAAUAGCAGUUUUAAAAUAAAAUUCCACUUAUUUUUAAGAAAUUCAGGGAAGAUUUGGUCACACUGAAGAUACAGUAUUUUUGUAGUAUUUAUAAGGUAUCCUAAAUGAUAGACUAUAGAAAGCAUUUUUGUUAUAUGAAGGUAAACCAGUCCAUUAUAUAGAUCAUUUAAACUCUGUGAAAUUACACCUGCUGGGUUUUGAUUUAUGAAGUGGCACAGAAUCUGCCUUUGCACUGAGUAUCUUUUCAUUUACGUCUCCUCUGCCUUAGUCACAAUGGCAACAGUACAGAAAAUUCUCUCAAACCUCAGAAUAUAGUAGAAAUAAUUAAGCUAUUGAAUGAGUCUUAAAAAUCAUACUACUGUUAAGUGGACCAAGUUUGGUGAAGCAGAAUGUGACAGAGGUUGAUUAAGGAAGGAGCAACUCAAGGACAUUGGGAAUGAUAACUUUUCCACUUGAGAACUACUUUAUGUUUUACUGUAAUUUUUUUAAUUUUUUUUGUUGUUUGUUACUUUGCAAAAGAAAAUAGUAUUUACAGGUGGCUUCUUUUAAAAUAUAAAAUAUAAAGCAGGAAUGUAUAUGAAAUGUCAGAUUUUAUUGUUAUUUGCAGAGUAUUAGCUUUGAAAUUGAAUAAAGAAAGCUGUUUGUAGUUUUAAAAUGCCUUAUUGGUAUCAAUUAGAAAUUUCUUCUAUUUUUUGAUGUACUUAGAGCUUUUUGAGUAUAGAAUUUUAAAUGGCAGGAUUUUACAGUGUUUACAUGCAAGUGCAUUUUAUAAGUGUUCUAUAUGUGUAAAAUAGUAUUUUCAACUGGAAAGUGUUGGCUAGUGCAGAAUGCCUGGCCUUUUUCUGGUUCCCAUGUUGCCUACACUGCUAGACUACAGUUUAGUAUUGCAUUGUGUCAUGAGGCCAAGAAAUUCCAUGUUGUUUGUAAAUAGAAUAAUUGAAAAAGCAAUAAACAUUUAUUGAACAAAAGAAA